AGAAUCUGUUAUCCCACCUUCAUGUAGUACUUUACCCGCCCUUAGAAGUCUACUCGCUUCUUCAUUUCGCUCCAAUUUUUCGUCCAAAAAAAGACCGGUCUGUUCUUUCCUUCCUUUGUGCUAGGAAAGUUCCUUAGUUAACAGAGGAGACGCAGAAAGAAAUUCUUAUCUGAUUAUGAUUUUCCUUCACUCUGUUUCGCUAGAGAGUGGUCUUCAGCGUAAGAGGACGACGAUAUCCAUGAUAAAGAUAAUUUAGAGAUUGAGAAACUUCGGCGUUCUUAUCUGAGCAUCAUCUAUAUUUGCUUCUGUUUCGAACCAACUCGCUCUUUUGGAGCGAAUUGAGUAUCUGACUUUAUCCUUGUUUGAUGUGGGAGUUCAUUAUUUGGAUUUUCCUUUUCGAUCAGUAUUAUCUUCCUGAAGUCAUUUCAUCGAUUUGUUAAUAUCGUUAAUUGUCUCGGUCUCCAAGAGCAGAUCAUUUAGCUAUCUCGCAGGUUCUUUUUUGCUCUCCGCGAUCAUGGCAGCCAAAGCUCCAGAAGAAGCGGCGAAGGGCAAUGCGUCUAUCUACGUCGCGUUGCGUAUUCGGCCUUUCGUACCUCGCGAGCAGCUUGCGCAUGAAACAAGAGUGCUGAACUGCUCUAAUGGGCAGCUACAGUUGCAGAAUCCUCAUGGUGGGCAAGUCAGCGGGUUUACGGGCUUCGACGAGGUCAUGGACUCUAGCGUGGAUUCCAGCGAUCCUUACUACGCGGAUCAAAAACUGGUAAAUUUGUAGAUAUUUCUCUAUCGAUGUAGUUAAUUUACUAGAAGAACUGCGUCGAUCCAAAGCUGCAUUUACUCAACAAUUUCGAAUAAAGUCUAAUCAUGAGACGAUGUUACGUCAGAAUCUACCACGUCGACGUCGUUCAUGUACGACAGAAAGACUAUUGAUGCGUCAUUUGCUCGCUUAUCACUCGCUCACUAGACCGGAUAAUGUCACUCUUUUUUCGAAGUUCGGUAGCAGGUUUUGUUUGAAUGAAAUAAAGGCUACUUCUUAAAAGCAUCAGGAAAUGAACUAGCGCAUUCGAGUUCCAAUGUAUCAUUACUGAGGACGGAAUCACUGUUUGACCUUUUCGAUUUUUCCUCCAGGGCAGGAUGAACAGCGUCGUGGGAUCUGUACUACCAAACUCACUCCGUCUCAUGCAUUGUGCCAUAGAUUGAAAGUAAGACAGCAGAAGGGGAGCCACGACGCAUGAAGCAUAGCCGACUGUCGUGAUUUAUUGCCUUGUUAUGCAAUAUGUUGCGCCCUUAGAAGUUAUUCCUAUCACAUUUCGUCUGGCAUUUAGUAUUCCCACUUGCAUCAUACUCAGGUGUACGAAAAAGUCGGGACCCGUAUUCUAAACCAAGUGCUGGACGGAUACAGCACGGCGCUUUUUGCCUAUGGGCAAACCGGGAGCGGCAAAACCACGAGUAUCAUGGGCGACGUAGAUUAAGGCUCGAAGUAGAAGAACUCUAUAAUUUUAUUUUCAAGGCAUAUAAUCUUGCUUGGUGUGUCUCUAGCUAUCGAUGUGAUAAAUUGUCUGAGAGAGUGUGAUAAAAAGAGACUGGACCGACCUCCAAGAUUCUGUGUUACGAAAGGUGGAUUUCUAGAGUACACAAUUUCUAAUGUGAGGACGAUGAGCAGUUGGGCAUUCUUCCUCGUUUACUGCGCGCGCUUUUCGAAGAAACUAAGAGCGACUCGAGCCGAGUGGUGAAAUGCAGUGUGCUUGAGGUGUAUAACGAAAGACUACGCGACUUGUUGAUCCCAAGGGGGGACGGGAGCAAGGAGCCAGCAAAGCUUGACAUCAGAUGCCAUCCAGAACUGGGGAACUACGUACCUGGCUUAACUUAUGGCGCAAAAACAUGUCAAUAAUUGUAUGUUCGACCUAGAAACUAGUAAUACUUCAAUAAAACAGGAGCUUCUUUUCAAUGGCAAAAGAAUGUUAUUGGUAAAUACCGCCCCAAGAAUAUGAUGUCUAGCAUAAAUCACGUUGAGAGCGCACAGCGCAUUUCUGACAUGAUAGAAAUGAGUGGUACAACAAUAAGACCGAUUAGCCUUUUCCACUUGGGUUUGGUCAAAAAAAGUGCAAAUCUGUUUUCAUCCUUAACUGGAUUUGAUUUUUCACAGCGAGAUUGGGUACAUCAAUCAAUCAAUAGCAAGUCUGGGAAAAAGACAAGCUCUAACUCGGGCAGGAACUCAUCGGGGGAGUGAAGGAUGCAACUCGCUGCAUCGACUUCGCGCGUUUGAAUCAGACUGUCGCUGCUACGCAAAUGAACGCCAAGAGUAGUCGUGCGCACACGUUGUUCAACUUUAUUAUGGAGCGGAAUGCCGGAGCGAAAGCCGCACCCGUGACGAAGAUCACCACGACUUGGUUCGUGGAUUUGGCAGGGCGUGAGAACGAAAAGACCACACUGGCGCGUGGAGAGCGGCUCGUGGAACUCGGCUUCAUCAACAAAAGUCUCUUCCACCUGUCGAACUGCAUCCAGGCUCUUGGUCAGGCAAGCAAAGGAAGCGCGAACUACCCAAAAAUUAAGGGGUAUCAGGCCUUCGAAGGCAAGGUACUAGAAAUGACUUUUAGCUGUUAUUUGCCAACGAAAUGAACAAUUGUUGUCGUUCAGGUUCUGCUAGAUCCUAAGCAGUGAUCUGUUUGUGUCACAAGAUGAGGGUUGUUCACUGCCCUCGCUAGGACAUGCGGAAAUGACCCUCCUCGAGGCUAGAGUAUCACCACAGCGUCAUGUAGAAGUCGAAUCCUCUGUAUGCUCCCUAUUUAAUGAAGACGGUAUCAUCUUUUCAAUGGUUCUCAUGUCGCCGUGAUGCUUAUUUAUCAUCUUCAUCGUAUUAUACGUAUUUAUGAUAAAUAGCGUAUGUUUAGCACAGCGACAUCAUUCCACUUACUUAGGUGAAUUUCCGGAACUCGAAGAUCACCCUUCUGCUGCAGGAAGCACUAAGUGGCAACUCGAGAACUUUUAUGCUUGGGACGCUUUCCCCUGCCACCUCGGCUUUCGAUGAGAACGCGGUCACUCUUCGAUUCGCGGCAACCGUAAAAAACAUCAAAACACAGGCCACCAAAAAACAAGACAAGGGGGAAGUAGCCGUCGCUGCAUUGCAAGAGGAGGUAGAACGGUUGCGGGCGCGCUUAGUCGAAGCUCAAAAAAACAACUCUGGUACCCCUUUUUUCUGUAUCCGCAAAUAGAAUCAUUAAAUAUAUGAUACUGAAUGAAUCAGUAUCACUGGCAAGGAUUGGGAAUCGAUGGGUUGCUAACGAUACCUCAUUGAGAUGACCGCUAUCAUAGAGGAUAAUAUUUUUUGGACAAACGACGAGUCUUUUAGGUCUGAUCUUUUUUCGGUUUUUGUUUUUUCUAGUUAGGUCUGCUCCACCGAAUUUCUUGGCAAAAAGAUUUGUUUGAAGGCUGUUUUGCUUACAUUUAAUUCUGUAUGGGCGUUCGUUCCGUGUUGCAUGGUAGAAGAUUUGAGUGCUAGCGCGAAAACGGGUAUUUAAUAACUGUUUGCUGACAGUAGAAGUAUGGGAAAACGUUCCCUCUCUCUCUCUCUCUCUGAAACGCCAUGAUGAUGAAGCUUCUAGUGUUUACAGUGAGAACUAACUUGAUGAUGAUGAAUUAUCGGAAAGUGAUACAUAAAUUACAGAAAUUCGUGUGACGGAGGACCUGAGCUGUCUGCACGAAAGUUUGGAAGCAGCCGAGGAAGCUUUGCAGCAGAAGACGAAGAGUGUGGAGGAGUUGAAGCUUCAGACGGACCGGUUGAAAAAAAGGCAGGUUGCGAUGAUGCUCCGCCUCGGCGUCGCGAAGGACCGCGCGAAUCGGUUGGCGCAAAGGAACAAUCGGCUGCCGUUUGUGAGCAGCGAGCACGCGGACGCAAGCCGGUGCGGCGCUUUAGAAUACUCACUGGCUCACCUGGACUGCUGGUACUUUGGAGAUUCGCGUGCCGCCUGCGAGGCGGAGGCGCGCAAGCAGGACGAGCUGGCGACCUUCGAUGCCGCGCACGAGCACUUGUCUUUUGUCUCCGAAAAAUGCACGAACUGUGUUGAGCUUCGGGGCUUCGGAAUGGCUCCGCUUACGGCGCGGCUGAGCAAGAAGCACGUGCCUCACCCAAGCAAGUCUCCGGCAGCUGCUAGGCCGUCGUCAAGUAGCGCCAUCCCGGAAGAGCGCAGCCUAGCGACGGUAGGUAAUGCGGACUUGCACGUAAAGCCGGAGGAGCCGGUCGGUAGCAAAGAGCUCCGGAUCAUGCGGUUGCACGAGAAGGCCUGCGUCAUGGUGAACAACGUGUCGCUCCGUGUGAACGAGGAGAGCGCGCCGCUGCGGCACGGCGACAAGAUCGUGCUGGGAAAGAGCUUCGUCUUCCGCGUCUACAUUGACAAUGCCGAGAUAGUAGGGGACGAGGAAAUGACGCACACACCGCGCAACCGGAGAACCAUGUAUCAAACGCCGGAUGAGAUGAAAACUGUACUUGCGCAGUUGCUUGGGCCCGAGGACUUUGCGGACACGUUCAUGCAGCACCAGGCAAAGCAGUUUCUGAGCGCCUUGCGCAAUGUGAGCAUUGACCACGAGUCCAAGGUGCGAAAGUACCUCUACGAAGCCGUGAAGCUGCGCGCUUUGGUCGAGGAAGCGCAGGAAAUCACAGACAAGAUGCGCGCCCAGGACGGUUUGCGCAUUGAGCUGGCGCACUGCGGACCCAUAGUGUCGUUCGGCUACGCAGAGGCCUUUUUGCCAGUGCCAUUAGUGCGUGUGGCGCGCAACGUGUCCGACGCGGCGUGGAAGCGGUGGCGCAAGCAAUCCUCGGCGCACGUGAAGGCGAACAGCGAGCACAUCUCGGAGAACCUGCACGCCCCACUGGACUUCGACCAUCACCACCACGAGGAGCAGCUUGAUGCCAUCGAUGAAACGCUGUUCGUGUGGACGACGUCCAAGUUCCUAGCCAGGUUGGACAUGAUGCGCGACAUCUAUCACGCGUGGCAGGAGGGACACGAAGUGGUAGUGGACCUUAAAAACGACCCCUGGGUGGAAGCAGGACCCGUAGAAAUCGAGUUUUGGCUCGAUAAGCACACAGCGCAGCUUCAUCACCAGAUAGAAGGUACUUAACCGGCUGGCAGUGCUUUUUGUUGCAGUCUGUCUUGUUUGAUCUUAUAUUUACAAGGGAUGGCUGCCUUUGGUUGCGUCCGGGAAAUCAAUAUUGGAACUACUGUAGCCAAAUUAUCCUUUUGGUUCGCUACUAGUCGUUUUUCGCCUCCGAAUAGUCGUCGUUUUAUGUAGCAUAGUUCCACUGCUGUAAAUCGCAUAUACUUGUUGUUGUUAGGAGGUCUUAGGCUACUCCCUUCAACCAACAUGUACUUGUUAGGAAGUAAAGCAGUUUUGCUGACCUCAGGAGUAGAGAGAUCUUUCUUUUUCGAAAUGAAUUGAUGCAGAUUUGCGGGCACAGGCAACUGAAGUGAAGCAGGGCGAAGAGAAAUCAAAAUCGAGAGUAGAAGCAAUGGAGUCGGAGCGCGAUAAGGCCUUGGCGGAGGUGAAAGAAAAGGACGCUCAGAUUGCGCGGAUGCAGUCUGUUUUCGACAAGGAAACGAAAGAGAAGGCUGAGACCUCUUCCUCGACUGAAAGCAGCUUGCGUGUCGAGCUCGCACGUCUGAGUGUGCUGGUCGAGCAAAAGGACCGCGAGCUCGAGACGCAGCGGCAGCAGCAGUCGGAGGCGGCGUUGCAGAGCGCCAAACAGGCGAGCGUGGAGCGUGCCAACUUUGAGGCUGCCCUGCGCAAAGCCCGCGAGGAGCAUACGCAGGAAGUCUCGGACACGCACGAACAGCUGUCGGACAAGUUCGAGACGGAGCGCGCGCGUACCGAGACCGCGCAUGAGGUGGAAAAAACGAGUUUGCUCCAACAGGUGGAGGAGCUGAAGCAGCAGGUGGCCGUUGCGCAGCAGCGAAACGACACGGAGCUGCAGCUGGAGCACGAGCGGCUCGCGCAGCUGCAGAACGAGAUGAAGGCGGAGCGCGCGGCGCUGGCCGAGCAGACGCGGCGCGAGAUGGCUCAGCUGAGAAAGGUGAUGGACGAGAAGGAAGCCCGUUUGGACGCGGAGAAAGCCGCGCUGGAGGGCGAGCGCGACAAGUUGUUGGCGGAGAAGGACCAGGCGCUUUCCAGCAUGGAGUCGCGGCACGCGGACCGGCUCGCCACGCGCGAAGCAGAGCUUCAGGAGAGAACAAAGCGCAUGGAGACGUUGGCGGCCAGCGAGCGCGAGUUGUUGAGCGAGAAAUUGAAGCGGGUGGAGCGGGAACGUGAUUCCGCACUCGGGGACGCGAAUCGCGCAGCAGCUGAACGGGACGCGGCCGUGGCCGAAAAGACGCACUGCGAGGAGCUGCUCCAGCAAGGCCAGGACGGUUCGGCGGCACAGCUGAAACGGUGCAUGGAACUCUCGUUGGCGAACCAGAAGCUGCUCGACCAGUUCUUCACGAAGAACUCCGGCGACAAAAGUGGGAAACAGAAAGAGCAACUCAUGUCACAACUGUCUAAGGCCAUGAGUAAUACGAACAAUGGCGGACGACCACAAUCGAAGGGCAGUAAGUCCUCUGUGCCUAGCACCGGCAAGCCAUAG